AUGAGGCUCUCAAUCGCCCUCCUCACCCUUGCCCCCUGGCUGGUCGCCUGCGACGGCUUCUACAUCAACGGUCAGUGGACCACAGGCCUGGUACUGCAGAAAAAGCAUACGAUCCCUGGCAUCGGAACGCUCAGCAGCGAGACCAAAGGUGGCAAGACGUACCUCUGCUUCAACUCGAUUGCCCCGCAUUGGCGCACCUGGACGCUGCAAUUCACCGACACCGAUGGACUCUUUGUCCUGCAGAAGGCCUUGGACUCGGUUCAGAUGUACGGAUGUGUCGACGGCACUGAUCCCACGUCCGAUGCUGGUCGGGCUCUCGGCAUCCUGACUCGAGGCCAUGGCAAAUCCCCCGACUGCACCCUCGUCCUUGGCACCCAGACCUUCAACAUCCCUCGCCUGAGCUGA